UGCAGAUUGACAGCAGUGUCAUCUGGCAGGUCAACGCGGUAAGGCCUCGAAAUGAGGUGGACGACGGUGUUCACAACUAUACUCAUUACAUCGACAAAUACAAGAGCGCAAUCGACGGAUGAUCUACAAACUUUUAAAUUCACAAAUUUCGCGCCAUCGACGGUAAAUUUUCAUGACAUCUACACGAACACCCUGGCUCUGCUGUCUGACGAACCAACUUUAAGCACAAAAGACGAUAUCCACAUCAGUGGCAUGCCCACGCAAUUUAUCGAGUUCCAGCUGCCUACCAAAACCGACAUGUCUACAACUACUCCAAAAAUAAAUUUUUCCGACACUUCUCAAGUUAGUGAAGGCACUGAAGAAGGUAGUGCAACUUCUACGUUACCCACUACGAGGAAAACGAUUGAAAAGGAAUUACGCUCACAAAAUACUGUUCCUUCGAGGAAUAUGCAGCGCGGGGUGUUAGAUCUACUGCUGCCUGCUUAUAGAGUGAAGACUUUCAAGAAUGUUUUCGACACUUUUAGAAAAGUUUUAUCUUAUACUUUUAGGAAAUAA